AGCUGCGCGACCAUUAGCUUCUCAAGGGCAAUUUCAUAUACAUAUUUGCUGUUGUGGUUCGCCUGUCAUCGUAUUUCUUCGUUGAGACCAAGGUUGUUGUGUGCUCGAAUUAGAGUGGUAUCACUUAAAAAUUGUAUUUAAUCUUUGUGUUUCGAAGCUCAGCGUACUUCCGACAACCGUGACUUCGUAUAUAGUGCGUGUUUCCGGUCACAAUUGACAUACUAACAGCUGUUAACAAAGGGACAAAAUGUUGGAUUUGUUUACGAUAUUUAGUAAAGGUGGCAUCGUGCUCUGGUGUUUCCAAAGCACUAGCCAGAUAUUUACGCCAUCAGUUAAUGCUUUAAUUCGAAGUGUCAUACUGCAAGAAAGAACUGGAAACGACAGUUUUGAGCACAAUGCAUUGACUUUAAAAUAUAAACUUGAUAAUGAAUUUGAGCUUGUAUUUGUUGUCGCAUAUCAAAAAAUUCUACAGUUGUCGUACGUUGACAAAUUAUUGAAUGACAUCCAUUUGGAAUUUAGAGACAAGUACAAGACAGAUUUGCAGGAAGGACUUUACUUUCAGGGUUUUGAAGACUUUGGUAGUCAUUUCAGAACUAUUUUGAAUUCAGCAGAACAAUGGGGAAAAUAUCAGUCAAUGAUUCCCAAACAGAUGAGAACUUUUGAAGAGUCAUCUAAGUCAAAGAAAACUGUUGCGUCUAUGAUUGAAAGAAAGAAUGAUGAAAAAGAAAAUAAGAAAACUGGGAAGAACAAGAAGAAAGGAGUUGCUUUUGUUAAUGGUGAAGGCAUCACUAAUAUGAAGAAUGCAGAACCUCUGAAGACCGAGACACAGCAGCCCUCUAAUAUAAAAUUGGAUGAAGAGACCUUACAGCAGAACCGUCUUCGCCUUGCCCAAAGGAUGGCAGCUGCUGGGAAGAGCCCGAAACCCAAAACAGAUAAGAAGAGCCCAAAGCCCACCAAAGAAGGAAAGAAGCCACGUGUAUGGGAUCUGGGAGGCAACACAAAGGAUCUUGCAAACCUUGAUUACACCAAGGACAAGCCCACAGACGGAGUGCCUGGUCAAGAUGAGAUCCAGCCUGACACCAGGAUCAUUGGGUCAAUGGCAGGUGGCAUUCGUGACCUGGAGGUGGAGAGCGACUCCGAGAAUGAAGUAGAGUAUGAGGAAGAAGGAAUAAACUCAGAGCCUCGCAAGCAGAAUGCUGUAACUGGUGCUAAGUCGAAGGGUGUGUUUUCCUUAUUCAGGGGUCUGGUAGGAAGCAAGAAUCUGACACACGAAGGCAUGCAACCUGUGCUUGACAAACUGAAAGAUCAUCUAAUUGCCAAGAAUGUGGCAACAGAUAUUGCUCAUAAGCUGUGUGAUUCUGUGGCAGCCAAACUGGAGGGGAAAGUGCUGGGAACUUUCGACAGUGUAGCUACCACAGUCAGAACUACUCUGACAGAGGCUUUAGUACAGAUCCUUUCUCCUAAGAGGCGUGUAGACAUCUUGCGAGAUGCCAUGGAAGCCAAAAAACAAGGCCGGCCCUAUGUUAUGACUUUCUGUGGAGUAAAUGGUGUUGGGAAGUCUACUAAUCUUGCCAAGAUCUGUUUCUGGCUCAUUGAAAACAACUUGCGUGUACUUAUCGCAGCAUGUGACACAUUUAGGGCUGGGGCUGUGGAACAGCUGCGUACACACACACGUCAUCUGAAUGCUCUUCACCCUUCAGAUAAACAUGGUGGUCAGCAGAUGGUGCAGCUGUAUGAGAAGGGAUAUGGCAAAGAUGCUGCGGGGAUUGCUAUGGAAGCCAUCAACUUUGCACGUGACCUCAAGAUUGACGUGGUGCUGGUCGACACAGCCGGGCGGAUGCAGGACAAUGAGCCGCUCAUGAGGGCCCUUGCCAAGUUGAUAAAAGUGAACCAGCCUGAUCUGGUGCUGUUUGUUGGAGAAGCACUUGUAGGCAAUGAGGCUGUGGAUCAACUUGUUAAGUUCAAUCAGGCCAUAGCUGACUAUUCUUCUUCUUUUAACCCCCAGCUCAUUGAUGGCAUUGUUCUUACCAAGUUUGACACCAUUGAUGAUAAGGUUGGAGCUGCCAUCUCUAUGACAUAUAUCACGGGCCAGCCUAUUGUGUUUGUGGGUACAGGGCAGACCUAUACAGAUCUCAAGUCUUUGAAUGCCAAGGCCGUCGUACAUGCCCUUAUGAAGUGAAGAGGCUCUUCAGUCUUUGAAGCAGGAAGAUUAUACAACAUUCUAAAUUUAUCAGAUAGUCAUUUUAUUAGCAGAAUUUUGAUAUUUUAAUUCCUUCUUUGUAAAUGUAUUUUAAUAGUGUAAAACAGAGUAUCCAAUCAUGUGUUUUGACUCUGACAAUAUACAUUCUUUCCUGCGCAACAUAUCUGAAAUAUUGUUUUCUUUUUAACACUAUUGUUUGUUACUAUUCUUCACCAUCUUGAUUUAUAGUUGUCAUAUUUGUAAAAAUUUUAUAAGAUGUGUUUACUUUAUAAUUGAAAAUGAAAUAUAUCAUGUGACAUGUAACUCAAUUUAACAGUUGGAUGAAAUGUCCAGAUAUCAACAGCCUUUCAUCACUGUUACUAAAACUACUAGGUCUCAUAUGUUGAUGUUGAUGAGAGCAAAAAGACUUGUUAGACAAAGUCAGUCUAUAAAGGACAUUUUGUAAUACAGUCUUAAGAUCCUGAGGAACUGAUAUGUGAGUUCGCAUCUUGAAUAAUUAUUUUGUGAGUAAUAUAUGACUAAUUGUGCAAGUCUGUUAGUGGCCACCCAUCAUACUCCACUAUUUCACUUGGAUAUCAUUGUUGAUGCAGAUGGAUUGCCACCACCCAUUACCAUAGUCAUCUACAUGGUGGAGGUAGCUUUUGGUGUAGCAUCUGCUACUUUAACAGUAUUGAUCAUUGUUAAUAUUACUUCAAGUGGUGUAUAUAUUAUAUCUCUGGAUUAAAUAAACAUCUUCUCCUA